AGUCUAGUUGGGCUUUAAGUUGCUUUAAGUCGUGAUUUUGUUUUUUAAAUGCUUAAUUCGGCAUAUAAGUUUCUAAAUAGUUAGGCUUCUUAAGAAAUUGGGAUUCUGAUGAAACCCUAGGAAAGAAUUCAAAACUCCGAAUUCGAAACUUCAAUAUGAUUUGCACCGUAUAUUCAAAGGCCAUUUGCUAAGUCCUGUACCGUAUAGUUUUUUAGAGGAACGAGAUGGGAAAGAAGAAGAUUGCCAUUGAGAAGAUUGAAAAUAAGCAGUCUCGCGCUGUGACUUUUUCAAGGAGAAGGAAUGGGCUCUUCAAGAAAGCCAAGGAAUGGGCUCUUCAAGAAAGCCAAGGAAUGGGUCUUGUAAUCUCUCCAGCGGGCCGCCGUUACACUUAUGCCUCUCCUUCCUUUGACUCAGUGGUCGACCAAUUCCUCUCCGAAACCAUUGAUGGCUCUUCCACUGUGACUGCCGGUUCUUCUUCAUUUGACUAUGUGGAUGACCAAUUUCUCCCAACCACCAGUGCUGGAUCAACUUCCGUUGAUUCUAUGGUGGAUCAAUUCAUCUCCACCACGGCUGCCUCUCCUUCGGUUGACUCCACUGCCGAUCAAAUCGUGCCCAUUGCAACUGUGGGCUCUUCCACCGCCACUACUUCUGGCUCUUUCCAAGACACAUUGAAGGCUUUGUCGGACAUCAACAUUGAAGCUUGUAAUGAUUUGGAAGAGUUGAUGACUUUGAAAAAUAACUUGGAGCAAAUCAUCAGAGAGACGACGAGGCUGAUAUAAUAAUUUCCACGGCAGUCUUUUAUCUUGUUAAUCUCCACUUAACUUGUUUAUACAUCUGGUGAGAGUUAGCUUUAUUGUUAGGUCAAAUAGUAUAUAUGUGGAGUGAAACAC